AUGCCUGAAAAUGUGAACUACAUGGGCAAGUCUGGAAGUAGUCUUAAAAAUGAGAACUACAUGGACAAGUCUUGUAGUAGUUUAAAAAAUGGGAACUACAUGGACAAGUUUGGCAGUAGCAUGAACAUGGGAACUACAGGGACAAGCCUGGUACCACCACCACCUAAUAUAUCUGCCAUCAAAGCCAGAAGAGGAAGAGACCAUGAUAUCUCCACAGACAAGGAAGCCCAUGAUGAGUCUUCAGCAAGCUGUUGCACAUCUAUCACAUUAGAGAACUCGAUGAUAAAGGGGUACCAUGUGUACAAGAUAAAAACCCCAAUAACUGACCCUGUGACAAAGCUUGUUGUGGAUAGGGAAUAUACUUACAUCAAAGAUAAAGAUGCAUGCCUUGUGUGGAUUCCUGGACUUUCUGAGUUUGAUAUCACUUUACAUGACAUGGUAACCGAUGAUAAAAGACAGCUUAAGUUGUCAGAUAUAGCUGCCCUUCCAAUUGGCCAUGUACCAUGCAUUCUUUGUUUUUACAAUGUACUUGAUUCGGGUGGACACGUGUGUGCCAUCAUGACUGGUGAACCGACGCCCAGUUUCCCACCGUGGCCUGCUCCAUCUGAGAGUGGUGGUGGCGUUGUUAUCCCAUUUGCAAAAGUUUGCCGUAAAGUAUUCUCCUUGACGCGAGUAAACAAUAUGGCGUCUGCAAGCACCACAAGUAGCAAAAAAUCAGAAAAAGAACGUUUUAAAAAUGCACUGGGUGAGGCUACAGAGAAGGGAGAUUUGGAUAGGGUGAAGAGUUUAAUGGAGAAAGUCAAUGUAGACAAUGAUCUUCGCAUCAAACGUGAGGGUCUUGGCAAGUCACCUCUCCUCAUUGCUUGUACAUAUGGCCAAGUGCCAGUGGUCGAGGAGUUUCUUCAGUCGGGAGUAGAUCCACUGUCACGAAUGUCAAAUGGCAGGACAACCCUACAUGAGGCAUGCGUUGGGGGACAUGUGGAGUGUCUCAAGCUGCUGUUGAAGUACACAGACAAUGUGAAUGUCAAGGACAGAGAUGGACAGACACCAGCCCACCUUGCAGCCUUUAAUGGAGAACUGAAAUGUUUAAAAUUUCUUGCAGAAAAUGGAAGCAACCUGGUGUUUGAGGAUUACAAAGGCCGUCAGUGUGCACACCUUGCCGCAAUGCGGAACCACAAGAAGAUCCUCCAGCUGCUGUUUGACCUUGGGGUUGACCUGGAUUGCCGCUGUGAGCUUGGAAAGACCCCCGUCUUAUAUGCCUCUCAGUUUGGUGCUGUAGAGACACUGAUCUUGCUUGUCCAACGUGACUGUGACAUCACCCUGGGAGACAACAAUGGCUACUUGGCUCUGCACCACGCGGCUAAACACAACCGCCUCAACUGUGCCCGUUUCCUUGUCAAACAAGGCUCGUCAAUAGAGGCCACACAGGCAGAUGGCAAAACACCCGCUCACAUUGCAGCCCUAAAUGGUGCAAUAGAUGUAUUACACUGGUUACUAGACAAGGGAGCAGAUCCAAACAGCCAGGACUACUUUGGAAACACGCCGGGCCACUAUGCAUGUGAAGGUGGUUACCCCAGCUGUCUCAAUUGCUUCCUGCAGCAUGACGGAGAGAUCGACAUACAGAACAUCAAAGGUGACACACCCCUAGACACUGCACGAAAGUUUGGCCGACCCCUGCUCAUGGAGAAAGGAGUAAACAAUGAGGAUCCAUGUCCCCAGUGUUUUGCCAAGUACAAGCAGGUUCAGUGGGACACAAUGCAUCCCCCUGCCCCUGUGGAGAGAAACAUUACCAAUGCUGGCUCCACCGCGUACAAAAACCCUGUCCCUUCAUGCCCGAGAGUGCCAACACAGUUACAACAGAACCUGCGUAAGCAUGAGGAACGUCGAAGGAAGGAGAUGCCCCCCAAGGUCACCCAGGCACGCGACAUGGCAACCAAGUUCUACGGGGAACACCUUGACCCAAAUGAGCUGUUCAAGUUCAAGGUCCCGGAUGGCAGGGAUUCGCUACAGGCACUGAAAAACUUGUAGAGAAUGGAAAACCUGCAAGAGAAAACCCUCUCGCAGGGUCUAAGGAGCUCCAUAUAAGACAUAUAUAAGAAAUGGUCAUGCAUGUACAGUACAAGUAUUGAAGUGCUUAGUUGGGACUUUUGCAUUUGCAUGUGUAGCAAUUCUGCUGUUCAGAGAUGUUGAGAAAUCAUUGUGAAAUGAGAAUGAUUUAACAUCUAUUACUGUUGUUAUAUAAGGUUGCUAUAUUAUUGCUGUUGACAAGAUAUGAACAUGUUUUACAUCACAGUUGCCAAAUUUAGUAUAUUUGUAUCUAAGAUGUGUGAAACAAGUAUUUUGUCUGCUGGUUCAUUAACAUUGAUCACUAAAGCUUUCGCCAUUAAAUGUGCCUAAAUCAUUUAGAUAUAUACAUUGUUUAAGUAUUGAGAUUACCUCUGCAUUACAAAACAAGCAACAUGCCUGUUUUGAGCCCCAUUUAAAUUGUGAUGCAUACAGAAUGAGAAAUUACAAAUUAUUAUUUAUCAUCCGCAUACUGGGUUAAGAUAAUCAUGUACCAGAAGUUAUUCUGUGAUAUUGUGUAGUAAUUUUUAUUAUUUAUUGUAAUUGAUUUAAUUUUACAUGUUCAAGAAUUGCUCUUGUUGUAUUUGUUAUUUUUGUACAAUAAAUCUU